UUUUGGCAAGGAGCUUUGCCAGGCCAAGCCGGAUCUUCCCAAGACGUGAAACCUUUUUCUCAACAACCUUACGCUGUACAGCCUCCACUGCCAUUACCAGGGUUUGAGUCUCCUGCUGGCCUCUCGCCUUCCCCAUCAGCACCAGCUUGGCAAGGACGAAGGGUUGCUAGCUCUAAACUUUGGAUGUUAGAAUUCUCUGCAUUCUUGGAACAACAACAAGACCAAGACACAUAUAACAAACACCUGUUUGUGCACAUUGGGCAGUCAAGCCCCAGCUACAACGACCCCUACCUCGAGGCAGUGGAUAUCCGGCAGAUCUAUGACAAGUUCCCUGAGAAAAAAGGGGGCCUGAAGGAGCUCUUUGAAAGGGGGCCAGCUAAUGCCUUCUUCCUUGUCAAAUUCUGG